CGGACACUGGUGGCUGACUGUCAUUGUUUUGAUUUUUAGCCGGGUCCCAUUAGAGAUACCAAGGCCUCGACAUUUCACGGUAACCGGAAGCUGCAAUGAAUAUGGGGUCGGAUACUGUGGCUACUCACAUGGGCUGAGGCAGUUCAAGUUGCAUAGUCUUUCCGAUUGGCAGCAAGAGAUGGCAGCGGAUCCAGGUCACUGUUCGUACAAUUUUGUGAACUGGCCGCAGAUGAAUUUGAAGCUGAUUAAGUUUAGGCCGGAACAUUCAUGGCCGGAUGGCUCGCUUUCGACUCGUCGUUUUCUUCCCUCGUAAGUGCCUUUUCUCCUCCAACCGUUGUUUCAAAGACCGUCCCGGCACCAAAAUCGACGACGCGCCCUGAGUACCGUGUUCUCAAAGGACCGGCCCAAUAUUUGCUGUAUACCUACUGCUGGCCGGCUUCGUACCAACUCAUCCUCCCAACUGAGUCCUACAUUUUUAUCGCAUGGUGGAAGCGAUUCAUGCUUGCUGAACGGACACGAUCCUUUCUAUUCACGUCACCUAAUGCAUACUCCCGUGUCCUCAAGUAUCUGCUACAAGACAAGACUGCUGAGCUCCUCGCGAGACGCUGGGGCCAAGUUGUGGCGGAUACGACAUCAGUGUUUCGGAAUCCACAAUUCCAAAAUGUCCAUUAUCAAGUCUCGGGACCACCAUUUGACGCUGAGGUCUCGCAGCUCCCUGUCGCCAGCCUGAAGCCUCAAGAUCAGCCAUCAACAAAAGCGCACAAUAAGCGCAGUUUUCUGACUAAGAGAGAUCAAAUCACACACGUGAACACGAAGCUCGGUAUAUGAGGCAUUUUUCCAAGUUGACUCCCACAACCGGGGACCUCAGCCCAGGAACCCUAAAAUAUGUGGGAGCCUGCUUACCUUUCGGAUGCAUCGACUUCACUGACGGAAAGCCACUCCAUCCCGCCUGUUGGGUUCCUACUCACGACGAC